UGGAAUAGCAUAACCCGGUAACUAAACACACUGCUGAAAACCCUAGCUAUAAAUUUCUACACCCACCGACGGCAGAAACCCUAGUAGUAGUUUUGAAAGGGAAGGAAAGAUGCAGAUAUUCGUGAAAACCCUAACCGGGAAGACAAUCACCCUUGAGGUGGAGUCAAGCGACACCAUUGACAAUGUCAAAGCCAAGAUUCAGGACAAAGAAGGGAUUCCUCCGGAUCAGCAGAGGUUGAUCUUCGCGGGGAAACAGCUGGAGGAUGGCCGUACCCUCGCCGAUUACAACAUCCAAAAAGAGUCAACAUUGCAUCUUGUUUUGAGGCUUCGUGGUGGUAUUAUUGAGCCAUCUUUGAUGGCACUGGCGAGGAAAUAUAACCAGGAUAAGAUGAUCUGCCGCAAGUGCUAUGCCCGUUUACACCCCCGUGCUGUGAACUGCAGGAAAAAGAAGUGUGGUCACAGCAACCAGUUGAGGCCAAAGAAGAAGAUCAAGUAAACUGUUCUGAUUGCAAGAUGGAAUUGUGUUGUCAUGGAUUACUGGGAUGUCUUGUAAUCCUGAUAACUCCAUUAGCUUCUUAGUAUUAUAGUAAAUCUUUCGGAAAUUUGACAGCCAAAGUUACUCUUGUGAUUUUUGUUUUCAGUUUGAGACGGAUUGAUAUCAAUUAUGCUAUAGUUCCUGGUGAUUAUACAGUUUUUGUUUUUGAUAAUAAUGCGUGUCAUGCCUUUAUUUCCUGUCACUAUAGUUUUGAGUACUUCUCUUCAUUUUUACA